UGCGUGCGCGCUCGCUCGGUUUCUUCAUAGUGUAGGGUACUUUAAGGCGAUAUCGCCAUAUUUGUGGAUGCAGUUUAAUGCGUAGAUGGGAUUCUCGACGGCGAACAUGAUUGAUUCUUGGCCGCCGUUGCUUCAACUUGACGACGGGCGACAAUGCCGACAAUGUCUUUGCAAUUGCCAAUCGAUAAGCGGUAUAAAAAGGACUCGGCUUAAUUUUUAAUCCAGUAUCGAUUUUUGUGCCAUUGCUAUCGCUUCGGAGAAGGAUUUGUGUUUUUUAUUUGCAAUCUUCAACUAAUACAACAAAUCAUGUAUAAACUAUUUAUAUUAAGUAUUAUCCUUGCAACAUCCUAUGCUGCACCUGGACACCUCGGCUAUGGUCAUCAUGAUGACCACAGUCACACCCAACUCAUCGCUAUCAAACCAGUAGCGCAACAUAACGCCUGGAAUCCAUGGCAACAGAAUAAUGGUUGGAAUCCGUGGCAACAGAACAAUGGUUGGAACCCUUGGCAAAAAAACAGUGGAUGGAAUCCAUGGCAACAAAACCAAGGCUGGAACCCAUGGCAACAGAACAACGCAUGGAACCCUUGGAACCAAGGCUACGGAUCCGGUGGACAUCAUCAUCAAGCACAUGUUGUGAAGGUACCUGUCCAUCACGCUCCAGCCACCAGUUAUGCUCAAGUAACCAGUUACAACGUUCAUCAUGUUCAACCUGUCGUUAAAGCGAUUGUUCCAACCUAUGCGCAUGAUUACGGUUAUGGACAUGGUGGACAUGGCUAUCAUCACUAAGUAUCAAAAAACCGAUCAGGAACUUCACCGAAUGUGUUGACAUGCGACUGUACAGCUAAUACGCUAAUAUCUUAUACUUUUAUGAUCAAAUAACCAAUCAUUUAUUGUAGAAACAGUGUGUUAAAUAAAACAAUAACCAAACUUAUGA